AUGGUUGACGACAACAGCACCACUAAAAGGGUAGAAGCUUCUGAGGGAGGACAACUUCAAAAUGAUCUUGUCCUAAGACUUGAGUGCAAGAUUUUGCAUUUGGAAGAAGAGGUAGCCCACAUGCGUGAUUUGGCCAAGUUGUCUAUCUCUCCUGGAACUCAAUUUGGAGAAAACAUAGACAAUCCUCCUAACCAAACAGCCAUGCCAAACAAUCCUCCAAUCCAUAUAUCUCCACCUGAACCCACUCAUCCAAAUACCUUUCCACCACCCCACGCCCAAAAUACCCAAGUUCCAUUUCACCACUAUUACCAACAUACCAAACCAACCUUACCAGAAACAACCCCAAACACAAAUAUCCCAUAUACUUUUGGGAACAACAAUCCCAAUCCCAUAUACGUUGAAACUGCCCCUCUGACUCAUGACCUCCAUGAAUCAGAGUCCCAUCAAAAAGACAUCCUAAUAAAAACCCUGACUGAGAGAUUAGACAACUUGACCAACAGGGUACAACAUGUUGAAGGAAACAAGAAGUUGGGAGGAUUGAGCUAUGAGGAUCUGUGCAUGCAUCCUGAUGUAGAACUACCCGAGGGGUACAAGCUCCCAAAAUUUGAGACGUUCAAUGGCAUUGGGGAUCCUAAAGCCCACCUACGAAUGUAUUGUGACAAACUUGUAGGGGUGGGGAGAGAUGAGAUGAUACUCAUGAAGUUGUUCAUGAGGAGUCUUACUGGGGAGAACCUAUCAUGGUACAUUGAGCAUGACUUGCGGAAAUGGAUAAAAUGGGUUGAUAUGGCAACUGACUUCAUGAAUAGGUUUGGUUUUAAUAUUGAAAACGCACCUGAUUGGUUUUACAUUCAAAAUUUGAAGAAGAAACCAAGUGAAUCCUUCAGAGAAUAUGCCAUAAGAUGGAGGUCUGAGGCGGCUAGGGCCAGACCCCCUAUGGAAGAAUCUCAAAUGAAAGACUAUUUCAUCCGUGCCCAAGAACCACAAUACAAUGACCGAAUGAUGCUGGUGGCUAAAAAGAGUUUCGCUGAAAUCAUCAAACUAGGCGAAAGAAUUGAAGAAGGCAUAAAGAAUGGGACUAUCAUCAACUUGGAGGCUUUACAAGCAACCAAAAAGGCUCUGCAAUCUGGUGGAAUGAAUGAGAGUCGAAAGAAAACAGGUUCUGUAAUGAUGGCUCAUGGAACUAGGACCCCUUUGAGGCACAAGACAAUAAACCCCCCACCAUCCCCAUACCCUCAACAUCCCUCAGCUCCACCCCCUUUAUCUCCCCAACCCGUGCCAAUAUAUUACCAAAACUCUCCUCCUCAAUAUUUGCAUGCCUCAUAUCCUGUCUAUAAUGUUCAACCAACACACUUACAAACUCCACCACCCAUUCAAACACCAAAUUACCGAAACAGACCUUCCUAUGAAAGAAGACCUACAAAAAGCUAUACCCCUUUAGCUGAAUCCAUAGCACAACUUUAUGAGAGAUUGAAACAGGCUGGGUACGUCUCUCCAAUUCCUGCAUUACCUGUGGAUGUUCGCGCGAAAUGGUACGACCCUAACAAGGUUUGCGCCUACCAUUCUGGGAUGAAGGGCCACACCACCGAAGUUUGCAGAGCCCUUAAGGAUAAGGUUCAAAUGUUGAUUGAUACAAAAACCAUCCAACUCAAGGAUCCUACACCGAAUAUUGCGAAUAAUCCUCUUCCUAACCAUCAAGUCAACUUGGUGGAAGCUGGUGAUGUCUGGGAUUGGGAAGAAUCUAUUUGGGCCGUCGAAACAGAAGAAGCCAUGUCUACCACUUCCCAAGCAUCACUAAUAGUGCAAGGACUCGCCCCAUUUGAAGUAGAAGUUGCUGCACCCAGACCACCGUUCACUGUCUAUAAGGCAUCCUCCCCAAUACAAUGUGAUACGCAUGCUGUACCUUGGGAUUACAACAAAAGAGAAAUGAAUGUGGAAGAGACAGAUGUUGCAACAGGGGUCACCAGAUCUGGAAGAAUUUACACUUCUGAAAAUUUGGUUCAGGGAAGCUCUAGCAAAUCCAAAGCACCAGUCGUAGAGCUUGAGGAUCAAAGUAUUUGGAAAAAGGUUAAAGCUAAAGAAUACUCUGUCAUUGAGCAGCUGAGUAAAACCCUUCCCAAAUAUCAAUUCUGGAGUUACUGCAAUCUUCCAAAACUGAUCGAGAUGCCCUUUUGA